CUCAAAAAUUAAAAAUUUAACGGUUCCUUCAUUCCCCCCAUUUUUCAAAAAGUAGAAGCCAUGGAAAAGAUGCUCCGCUCCUCCCUCAAGUCGUCCGCCGAGGACUUCCUCUCCUCCGCCUUGAAGCUGACCCUAAAAUCCUCAAAAUCAACUCUCAAAUCUCUAAUCCACUCAAUCCCUCCUUCUUCUUCUCUCUCCUCCACUCUCCCUCCGUGCCUCCACCUCUGCAUAUCCGACUCCAUCCUUUCGUUUCAAAACCCACCGACCCGUUCCGAAACCGACCCGUCCCAUUCUCCGCCCACAAAACGCACCCGCCGGUCUACCCGAAACUCCAAGCCCCAAGACGACGCUAAAAACGACAGCGAAAAUCUCCGCGUUCUCGCUCACAUCACCGGCUUAUGCGUUUCGCAUCCUCGAAACGCGUUUCAACACUCCGAUUUAAUUCCAGCCGUCCGAUCUUUACACGAUAAUCUCAUCCUUUUCGAGUCGGAUCCGGGUUUAUCCAACGAAAUAGCGUGUUUUUGUGAAGAGUGGUGGAAACAGAACUUACCGGAAAAAGAAACCCUAAUUUCCCAAAUGCUGCCAUUUUUGCUCUCAAAAUCAUUAACUUUGAAGAAAAAGGUUGAUGUUCACAAAGUUUAUACGCUCCGGGAAGCCUUCACUUUCUUCGAUUUUGAAGACGAAAGCAUCGAAGAUUUGAAACUGUUGCUAAUCCGAUGUGUCAUCGAGCCUUUGUUUUUGAAAACGGACGAAGGGAAGAGAUUCGUGGCGUUUGCAUUUGGGUUAAGUUUGCAGUUUUUGAAGGAAUGUUUGGCGAUGAUAAAAGCUCAGAUUCCAUUCGGGAGGAAAUCAAUGUUAGAAGCUUAUGGUGAGAUAGUGUUUAAGGGAUGGAAAGGAGCCGAAGGGGAAUUGAAAAGGGAAAUUGAAGAUGGGUUUUUGAUGGGUUUAGUUGAAGGAGCUAUACAUGCGAGUUCCAAAGGUUUGGGAAGUAGUAUUAGAAGAGUUUUAGGUGGGUUUAUUAAUCAGAGAACUGUUGAUGGAGUUGAGAAGUUGCUCUUUAGGCUUGCUGAGCCUGUGAUUUUCCGCUCUUUACAGGUUGCAAAUUCAAAUGUUCGACAAAAUGCAUUACUUUUACUUUUAGAUUUGUUCCCUUUUGAAGAUCCUGAUGCUACCAAAGAGGCUAAAGAUACAUUGCUGGAUAAACAAUUCUUUUUGUUGGAGAGAUUACUCAUGGAUGAUUGUCCUGAUGUGAGAGUUAUUGCGGUGGAAGGUUGUUGUCGCAUCCUCCAUUUGUUCUGGGAAAUUAUUCCUUCAUCAACCAUUACAAAGAUAAUUACGAAAAUUUUUGAUGAGAUGGCAUAUGACACAUGCAAUGAGGUUAGGCUUUCCACUUUGAAUGGCAUUAUCUAUUUGCUUGGCAAUCCACAGUCUCAUGAAAUUCUUAAAGUGCUUCUUCCGAGACUGGGGCAUCUGAUGUUAGAUCAUGUUCUUUCCAUAAGAGUUGCGACGGUAGAUCUCCUUCUUCUUUUAAAGGACACCCGAGCUUUCCAAUUUAAUAAGGUGGUCGGUUUAGAAGUCUUGUUGAAUACACUUGCAAAUGACCAAUCUCCAGUUGCUCGGGAAAUUACAAGACUGCUUAUGCCAUCAUACUUUCCCAUAAGACUAGCCAUUGAGGAGGCAUGCAAUCGCUGUGUCACGCUAAUGAAAAGGUCUCCACUAGCUGGAGCAAGGUUUUGUGAAUUUGCUUUAUUGGAAGGAGCAUCUCUUAAAUCUCUUAUGGAACUGGUCAAGGUUUUCAUCAGCUUAUUAUUGUCGAAUGCUAAACUGGAUGCAGCUCAGGUUGAGGGUUUACUGGUUGCCUUAGCCAACCUUUGCAGCAGCCUUGCAAAUGAGCGAAGUCAGCAGGAUGCCCUUAAAGAGUUGUUUUCUGGUGAAAGGGUCAAGAGUUUAUUUGCUGUUGCACCUACUGCACAUGCUAAGUCUUCUGUUUUUGACAUUUUAUCCACCACGGCUUCAGAUAAUGUAGCUGGGCUCCUUGGAGAUUGCAUGGGCUUAGUCACUGAUUGUAGUGAUUUAUCUGAAAAUUUAGAAAAGCAAACUGAAGUGAGGUCUGCCCACAAAUUAUUGAUGUCAUGUGAUGCCUUUGAUAAUAUGUUUGAGGCUCUAACAAAGCUUUUGCAGAAAACUGCCUAUCGCUGCCAUAUUAAAUUUGACACUGAAGCACCAAAACAAAAUGUUUCUCCUGCAAAAAGAAAGAGGUCGAAGUCUUCAACAAAAAGUUCUGUUAAAUGGAAACAUGUUAGUGGGAAAAAGUCAUCCAAUUUCGAGGAUGAUUAUUCGGUUGCUAUUGGAGUAUCAUGGCAGAUAAAAGAUAUGCUUUCUUCUGAGGACACUCGGAAAGCAAUGUUGGGUUCUCAAAUUUUGGAACUGCCAUUCCUUGCUCUCAAGGUUAUCUCUGAGGUCAGCAUUGUGCAGUGUGAGUAUUACGAAUACAUGGAUCCAUAUCCAGUGUCGGCAUACACAGCUCUUGCUCUGCAGAUGGCCCUGCAAAAUGUUACCAUUAGUAAUGGAACCGAUUAUGAUUCGAAGAAGGAUGAUUGUGUUGACUCUUCAGGAUCAAUUUCAGAGACCAUGCUAGACCAGGUAAUGGAUCACCUGCUUAAUUGUACAGAUAAGCUCUUUGAAGCAGGUGACUCAGGAAAGAAUGGAAAAUCACCUACAGAACCUAAGCAGGACAACAGCAAGAGGGUCACACGUCCUGGGCAGAAAAGGAGGGAACCUCAAACAGAUGUCUCUAGCUCUAGUAGUGAUGGAUCUGUCUACACCAAACAAAAACGGACAUCAAAGAAGGUGAAGAUGCUUACGAUGGUUCUCAAGUUUAUCGUUGAUUCUAUUGCAAUGGGUUUUGCUUCUCGAAACCAUAGGAGGUGCUUGAAGUUUACAUCGGCAUAUAUGCAGUACAUCAUCUCUUCCUUAAGGCUGCUAUCUACAGAUAUAGCACAGUUUAAGGAAGAGAAGUCAAAGGAAUUUAUUAUAUGCGUGAAGAGCUCCUUUAGCUAUGCAACCAAGUUACUCAAUCUAGUGCUUAAUGCUGCCACAGAAGCUUUACCAGCACCGGUGGAGUCGUUUGGUCUUGCGGGUGACUUGCUUGAUCUGAUCAUCUCAAAUGAAUUGUUUUUGGGCUCUAAUUAUGCAGCACGACUUGUUGCAGUAGCGAAGCCUUGGUUACCUGAUUUGGUUCUGGCACUAGGUUCUACAAUCAUGCUUGAGCAGAGUCUAGAGAGGUCAUAUUUGACUGCAUUGAAUCACAUUAAGCUCCAUUUUCCAUCAUGGCUCCUAAUUUUGGCAAAGAUUGAGCUCGCUGAAAUGAGUGAAGGUGAUCCAGAAGAGGAUGAUAGAGUUUCUGAACCCGAAUUCCCCGAGUUUAAGAAACUCAUGGGAGUGAUCAUUUCAUUGCUAAAGGGAAAUCGCAGCAUACUGGAUGCAGUUGGCGUGAUUUUCUUGGCUAGCUCAGUUGUAGGGCUAGAACGGAAGGACUUUGGUCUGCUACUUGGAUUGCUACGCUUUGUUUGUCUGAAGUUAAUCGGACAAGAAGACAAAGAGUGGAGUGGGCUUGACAUGAUGUUGGUUUCUCUGCUAGACAUCUAUCCUCGUAUAGUGAGAGAGAUCGAAGAACAAGGUGAUGAAAAUGAAAGCCAUAAAUUAAAUAGUGCCACGGCAUUGCUUGAACCUGUUUGGUUGUAUCAUGUUUAUGAAAGUGGCAGGUUUUCAGAGAUGGAAGAAUAGACGGGGAUCUUUUGUUAAAACUAAAUUCCCAACUUUAAAAACAACAUAAAAGAACCAAAUUGUUAGGUUCCAAAAUGCUUACUGAUCUAAUGCAAGAGUCAUCUUGUUCUUGUCACAAUGGUAUCAUAUGAAUUUUUAGCAGAAACUAAUACCUUUUGAGUAUAUCAUUCUCAACUUUGCACUGAUGGAAGCAAUGAAGUUACCAAAAGGAGUUUUUUUUCAUACAAAAGAAGCCAUAGCUUAUGAAUAAAAGAAAAGUUUCAAGUGUUGAGAUUUUAAAUUCAUAUUUAUUAAAUGUUGAUUAUAUAAACUAAUUGAGUUAAAUUUCACAUUCAACCAAAAGAAAUUAGUGAUAAUAGUUCAGGGUUAAUUGCAGAUUAGACUGAUGAGUUUGAAACGGUUAUAUGAUAGCUUAAUGAUCUAAUAAAUUCCCAUCCAGGAUUGGACGAUUGGAACAUAAGAUAGAUCUUUAUACUUAUGUGGAGAUAAAACUCUAAUCUUUUGCAAAUGGUAAAAAUAUUGGCAUUUCUCGCUAUUUGGUACCGUGUAAUGAAACUUCUCGUGCGAAAAUAAAGUUGAGAAAAAAGAUAUAAGAUCGUAAGUAUUGAAAUUUAAUUUUCAAGCUUGUUGAAUAUCAUUUCUUU